AUGCAGAGCAACGACCAUCAAUCUGACUUGAACCCAGGGACAGUUGGGAGUGCUCAUAGAGUACAAUGUCCCCCUCUCAGUCAAGUUCUCUCCGAAUUGGCUUCACUGCCACCGGCCUCCACACUUGCGGCAACUGAGCCGUUGCCAUCUGAAGAACAGAAGAACUUGUUCGAGUCCCUGCAAAAAUGCCUCAAAGCUGCAGAGAAUGCAGACGUUUCGGACGCUCUGAAAGAGACUCCAGAUAUUCUUCAGAAACUGUGGAAGUGCAGAUCACCUUACCUAGUACCAGCUGCAGAGGCUAUGGCGAAUGGCAGCAGAGCCCCCUUAUGGCGGGUAUCCUAUGGCAAGACUGGGGUUUUCGACUUCUUCCUUCAGCUUAUAGCGUCGAAGGAGACCAUUGAUAACAGAGUCAUCCUCCAUGCGUUACGGCUCGUCGGCAAUUCCUGUGCUGACACUAAUGAGAAUAGAGAGACUGUAGUGGAGCACAAUUACACGGCUGCUAUUGUACAGCACUCAAACAAUCCAGAAUUGAUUCAAGUGGUAAUCCCUGUCCUUUAUAACAUUUGCAUCGACUUCGGGCCUGCUCAGACACAGUUAGCUGCCGAUAAGAUAGUCUAUAUCCUCUUGAAACUAGUGAAAGACGGUGCAUUCAAGGACAAGGAUGCCCUGCUUGACUACGUCUUUGAGCUUAUCGAAUUGACUGACUCGUCUGCUGAGGAUACCCAGGCACUAGCACAGUCACGGUUGAAGAUCAACCAAAUCCUCGCGGAGAUCUCUGGAUCCACCUCAUUCGCGCAGUACUAUCCGCUGGAUUCCCCUCUGGCCCAGUCUCUCAAGACGUGGCUAAUGUCGACGGAUGACCAGCUGCAGAUAUGCUCCUGUGUUAUCCUGGGCAACUUGGCUCGCUCAGACGCGACCUGCGAAAGGAUGGUUCAAGAUCUGAAAAUACAUGAAGAACUAAUAUCUAUCCUUAAGAGUGAUGUUAGAGGCGCGGUCUUACACUCUGCGCUUGGAUUCUUGAAGAACCUUGCGAUCGCUGGUAAUAACAGGCUGGUACUUGGAGAGGCUGGCAUACUCCAAGCGGUUUCACGUCUAUGGCAAUACGAGUCCGUCCCCCAGGUUCAGUUUGCCGCCACAAGCAUCGCACGGCAGGUGAUAGUGGCAGCGGUUGAUAAUAUUUCUCGUCUCCUAGAGGGACUCCCCAGGGACGGCACGGAUUCCAACGACGAACGGACGUAUUUGUCUUUGCUACUUGCUCUCUUCCAGAAGACAGACUCUACACCCAUCAAAACAGAGAUUGGACGCACUGUAGCCUCCAUAUGCCGUACAUUGGUGCCAAAGUCUCGGGAAGAGGAUCCUACUGCUGUUGCCCUGCUGGACAGGUUCUUCGACUUACAUGAGGAUAUCGCGCUGCCGGUUGGUGCUAUGAUCGCCCAAUUACAGUGGCCUGUCGUCCGGAGUGAAGGCUGGUUCGCAAUGGCCCUUAUGGCGUCCAAUAAAGGGGGCGCCAUGGCAGUUUCAAGAUCCCUACAAAGGAUGGAAAUUCUUCCACUGCUUGAGAAGACGUUGAGUGCAGAAGCCUCUGAACCCGCGGAGGAGACCGAACAAUUGCAGACAAAGAAAGAUCGUGACAAUAUUUCUGUCCUGGUGCAGGAGUUGCUGAAGAGCGAUCCCGACACGCUUGCCGAAACCGAUAAAUCUACCAUGCAGCAGUUAAUGCACAGCCAUGUGUCCAGGCAUCUUCAAGACUCCAAGCCAACAGAUGGAGAUGACGACAACGGGAAGACCGGCGAGAUGCAGAUGCUGGAAGUCUCGCGCCAGGAGGUACGAAAGACCGUCGACGACGACGCGCGAGGCUUGAAGCGAAUCUGGCAGACACUCUACGUCUUUACAUACUGUUACAUAUAUGAUCCGAUUGCGACGGGCUUCCGGUUUGUCCAUCUCGUCAUAAUCUUCCUACCUGUCAUCCUUACGGCUCCGACGAUAUGCUUUGGAAAGCAAUUGAAGGAUCGCGAGGGCAUACGCACAGGGGCUCUCUGGUGGUAUAGGUUUUUGGUCCGAUCUAUGGAACGCGCAGGCCCAGCGUUCAUCAAGCUUGGACAAUGGGCGGCCUCACGUACCGAUAUCUUCCCACCGGAACUCUGCGACAUCAUGUCAUCACUGCAUUCCAAUGCACCUGCACACUCAUUGCAUCAAACAAAGCGAACAAUAAGGAAGGCGUUCAAUUGGCUGCCAUUCGAGGACAUAUUCGAGGAAUUCCAAGAAGAACCAUUGGGCGUGGGCGCUAUCGCGCAGGUAUACAAGGCGAAGCUCAAGCCCAAUCUUGCGGGGACCGAUGACGACAUCGACCUUCAUCCACAUGGUAUACGAGACAAGGUACGAAAGAACGUUGGGGCGUUAGUCAAGAGCUCUCCUCAAAGGGUACCAUCGUCCUAUGUAGCCGUCAAGGUGCUUCAUCCGAGGGUAGAACGCGUGAUUCACAGAGAUCUGAAAAUCAUGUCGUUCUUCGCAUCCUUAGUCAACGCCAUACCUACCAUGAAUUGGCUAUCUUUACCGGAUGAAGUUCAUCAGUUUGGUGAAAUGAUGAAAUUACAAUUGGACCUACGGAUUGAAGCCACAAACCUUGUCAUGUUCCGUGAGAAGUUCAGGUCACGCACCACAGCCUGGUUCCCAUACCCGUAUCUGGACUAUUCUACCCGCGAGGUGCUCGUGGAGGAGUUUGCACAAGGUAUUCCACUAUCGACCUUCCUCGAGGUAGGUGGAGGCGUCUAUCAAGAAGAGAUCGCGAACGAAGGCUUAGAUGCCUUUCUCCAUAUGCUAUUGAUCGACAACUUCGUCCAUGCGGAUCUGCACCCCGGAAACAUCAUGGUUCGAUUCUACCGGCCGAGUGAAUUGAACCUGUCACUGGGGAAUAAAUCUCGCGCAUCGGAGGCACCAUCUGUGGAAGAGGUUGAUGUUACAGAAUCUGUGCUCGCACGGUUGCGCCCGCAUAUCAAUAAUCGGCGCGACUGGGUGAAAGCGCUCGAUGAUCUGAAUACUGAGGGUUAUCGACCCCAGCUCAUAUUCAUCGACACUGGACUAGUGACUCAACUGAAUGAGCUUAACCGGCGCAAUUUUAUUGACCUAUUUCGCGCCAUUGCCGAGUUCGACGGGUAUCGAGCAGGUGAGCUUAUGGUCGAACGAUGUCGUCAACCGGAUGCAGUGAUUGACCCAUAUUACUUCGCUCUGGGCAUGGAACACCUGGUGCUAAACAUUAAGUCACGCACGUUUGCUCUCGGUAGCGUCAAGAUUGGAGAUGUACUGAGCGAUGUCCUAUCCAUGGUCCGUAAACAUCACGUUCGACUCGAGGGGGACUUUGUUAAUGUCGUUAUCUCAUGUCUUCUCCUUGAGGGCAUUGGACGUAAUUUGGAUCCCAACCUUGAUCUUUUCAAGAGCUCCCUUCCCAUUUUACGGAAAUUGGGAUCUAACACUACCUCUUUCAAAUCCGUCCGGUCCGGCGACAUGUCCAUGCUUCGCGUAUGGGUAGGGCUGGAGGCGCGCGGAUUGCUCCAAAGCAGUUUCGAAACCGUCGAGCAAUGCAAGGGCAAGGAUUGA